UGGUUAUUAUAGUGUGUAUAAGGCGGGGCAGGACACUGCCAGAGUGUGCAUUCAAAAGGAAAUUGAUACCCAGUGUUUUUAAACAGUAUUGCAGAAAGUCAGUGCGAUGAUGCCGCAGUGCAGGUACGCUGGAAUAUUCAGAGACCCUCUCGGACAUGUCAUAUGUCUUCAUCAAUGACACGUCGCAGACAAGCGUGCCGUUACUGCAGGCCUGCAUUGAUGGAGACUUAGCAUUCGCCAGACGGCUUCUGGAGACAGGCUGUGAUCCAAACAUCCGUGACAACCGUGGUCGCACCGGCCUUCACCUAGCAGCAGCACGAGGCAAUGUGGAAAUCUGCCGCUUCCUGCACAAAUUUGGAGCAGAUCUGCUCGCCACUGAUUAUCAAGGAAAUACUGCACUGCAUCUGUGUGGACAUGUUGACACCAUCCAGUUCCUCGUGUCUAAUGGCCUCAAGAUAGACAUCUGUAAUCAUAAUGGCUCGACUCCUCUGGUGCUGGCCAAGCGGCGAGGCGUGAAUAAAGAUGCCAUUCGGCUGCUGGAGGGUUUGGAGGAACAGGAGGUGAAGGGCUUCAACAGAGGCACUCAUUCCAAACUAGAGACCAUGCAGAUGGCCGAGAGUGAGAGUGCGAUGGAGAGCCACUCACUGCUGAACCCCAAUCUGCAGAACAGUGAGGGUGUACUGUCCAGUUUUCGCUCGACCUGGCAGGAGUUUGUGGAGGAUCUGGGUUUCUGGAGGGUUCUCCUGCUUUUAGUGAUCAUCGCUCUGCUUUCUCUGGGCAUUGCUUACUAUGUGAGUGGGGUUUUGCCCUUCUCUGCCAGCCAGCUGGAGCUGGUCCACUAAAAAGACCACACAUGCACUCGGCUUUAAAUCUAGUCUCAGAUCCAACAAAGCUGUGUUUUAUACAAUUCAAUGAUUUUCUUCAUCCAAAUUAGCUCUUAAGUAACUCGAAUUCUGUGUGAAACUGAAUUAAAGGCGUAUCUUGACAGGUCUUAAAAACAUGAAGUAUUUAAAGCAUGUGGAGAAACAUUAUGAGACAGAAGUUGUUGUUAUGGUGUGCUAUUAGCAGCGUUACAGAAUGAUGCCCUACUUCGAAUGAAUGUACAUUUUCAUUUCUUUAUAUUAUUAUUCAUUUACGACAAGCUUUAGGAGUUUAUUUAUACUGCAAUUGAAUUUAUUUAUUGUUUGUCUUUCAAACAUUUGUUGUAUAGUCGUAUAGAUGAUCAGAAUGUAGUUAUAAGUUGUUAUACUUUUAUUUGUCUUAUCAAAUUUGAUCUUGUCAUUAACUCAGACUUGAUACCUUCUACUGGUUUUCAUUCUGUUUUGUCAGUAUGUUGUGAUUGUUAUAUGAAACCAAAAAGGGUCUGUUCCCUUUUUCUUCUUUUCCCAUUAUUCAUCAUUCAGCUUCUUUAUACAUGUGUAAAAUAGGAAAAAAAUCAGUGACAAAUGAAAAGGGACCAGGAAAAAUUUUAAUAAUUGAUCAUUGAUGACUUAAGGGCACUUAUGAUCACAGAUGUCUCCUUAGAAUGUAAAUUAGUGCAGCAUGCCUCUGUUAGAUGCUGUCAUGUCCAUUAUCAUAGUCUGUACAAGCAUUUAUUUUUUUUCUUAUUUUUAAUGUUUGGGUUUUUUUCUCAGUUACCUGGAAUUACAUUGGAGGAACAACAUGUUUAGCAAUGUCUACAACAAAACCUGAUAUUUCAAGAAUGCAGAAGCAAAUGUGGCAUUUUUCUCUUUAUAGUGGUUUUGAUGAUGAUGAUGAUGAUGAUGAUGGUGAAUAUUAUUAUUGUUUAUUAUUAUAGAUUAAUAGACUGUGUUGCUACAGCAGCAUUUGACCAACUGUAAAAUGAAUCAGUGUAUUAAUGAAGGCUCUGCGUAUUGUUUACUUAUCCUUUGGAUACUUGUAAAUAUUUUGAAUGUGUUUAACAGCACUCACUGUUGUUUCAUUUUGGAAGCUUUCCUUAUGGUGAACUAUUAAAUUUAAGAUACUCA